AUGUACACGUACCACAUUCCCAGUUUCAACAGUCAUCAACUCAUGGCUUCUCUUCUUCUCCCACUUUCUUCUCCUCCCCCACUGGAUUCUUUAGAAGCAAAUGAGAUAUCACAGCAUUUCCUGUCCGCGCGGAGCGUGCGGGCCAUCUCUGUGCCCAGUGCGCCCUGCCCGCCGCAGCCCUGGGGACUGCGGGCAGGUGCCGUCCGGGCGCUGCGCACCGGACCCGCUCUGCUGUCGGGUCAUAAAUUCACAGACAAACGUGAAUGGGUAACAACAGAAAACGGUGUUGGAACAGUAGGAAUCAGCAAUUUUGCACAGGAAGCUUUGGGAGAUGUUGUUUACUGUAGUCUGCCUGAAGUUGGGAUAAAAUUGAACAAACAGGAGGAAUUUGGUGCUUUGGAAAGUGGGAAAGCUGCUAGUGAACUCUAUUCUCCUGUAUCAGGAGAAGUAACUAAAACUAAUGAAGCUCUAGCAGAAAAUCCAGGACUUUUCAACAAAUCUUGUUAUGAAGAUGGUUGGCUGAUCAAGAUGACACUCAGUAACCCUUCAGAACUAGAUGAACUAAUGAGUGAAGAAGCAUAUGAGAAAUACAUAAAAUCUAUUGAGGAGUGAAAAUGGAACCCCUAAAUAAACUAGUUUGAAACAACUUAAUCUAGCAUAGUUGUCUUAGAUUAGUGGUGGAUAGAUUUUUAAAAAGCAACUUUUAGCAAAAGAAACUACUUGCAACGAUGUUGCCUGAAGAAAAUACCCGGUAACUUCCUAAUGACUUCAGAUAAACACUAUGCAUCUUUUUCGCAACACCCGAUGAUUUUUAGGCUAGUCUCCAGUUAUAAUAUUCAGAAUUCCUGAAAUUAUUUGUGGUAAAACUAAUUAUGAAAAUUAUGUAAUUCAAGGAUAACACUGUUAUCUUAACCUUAUAUAAUAUUGUAACUUGCUUACAGCCAUCCCUGGAUUUGGGUCAAAAUACUCAAUGAACUUCCCACUGGAAAUAAAUGGCAGUGGAGAAAAGUUUGUUAGUUGUAUAGUGUCCAAUGAAGAACAUUACUCUCUUAAUUUUGCAAUAUACUGUGUUUACUGGUGCUAUUUUUAUACAGUGAAGCAACAGCCUUACAGGAAAAUAAGAAACAGUUUACUAAUAAAAUAUUCAACUUCCUAAUUAAAAAAAAAACUGCAAUACCAUUAUCAUACCUAAAAUAAAAUUAUCAAUACAUCCUUAGUGUCAUCAAAUGUCCAGACAGUGUUCAGAUUUCCCUGAUUAUCUCAUAAAUGCUUUAAUAAAUUUUUUUAAACAGUUGGUUUAUUCAGAUCAGGAUUGUAGACAAGGUCCACACAUUGCAUUUGAAUGAUUUCUCUGAAAUCACUUUUAAUCUGUAGGUUCCCCCUUCCCUCCUUUUUUUUUCCCCCUUGUAAUUUAUUUGUUGAACAAACCAGGUCAUUUGUCUGAUGGUAUUUCCUACAUUGUGGGUUUUGCCAGUCACAUCCCUGUGCUAUAACUUAAUUUGUGCCUCUGCAUUUCCUUAUAAGCUAGGUCUUCGAUCUGGAGGCUUAAACAGAUUCCGGUACUAUUUGGGGGCAAGAACACUUCCUCUAUAGUGCCAUGUAUCUCCUUUUGUAUCCCAACAAGGGGACAUGAUGUCUGGUCAUGUUUUGGUGAUGUCAGGAUUGAUCUGUGGGUUCACGUGUUGUCGGCCUCAUACAGUCAUUGUGAGGGUCCCCAUCAGUCUUCACCUAAUUAUUUUAGCAGCCAUCGGUGAUCAUUGCCUAAAUUUAUUAUUCAGUUGGGGAUUGCAAAAUUAUGAUGUUCUGUCAAUCCUUCUGCAUUUAUUAGAUAGAUUUCUCUACAAGGAAUGAUGUGCCUUCUUCCGCGGUCUGAGUACCCUGGGGUAUGGUUCGUAUAGAAAAGGCAGGAUAAAGGGAAAGGGUCAGCAUUGAUUUUUUAUUUCAAAAUGAUGAGUUGAUGCUUCCUACAUCCUUCCGGAUGUAGUUAAUAUUCUUUUCGAUGCUCAGAUUGUCUUUGGCAAAUGUUAUCUUUUUCCAGCGGGCUCCCGAAUCCUUUGACGUAACUGCAGUCGUUUUGCUUUGCGAGCUUUUUUCCCUUUGCUCCGGUGUGAUGAGCUCAUCUUGUGCUCCUGCCCCAGGAAUUAACCCUUUCACCGAGGAAUCCUGGCAGAUAAACCAAUUCUUUUGGGGGCUAUGUCUGAAAAAUCGACAUUUCUUUGUUCUGGUGGUUUCUUUUUUUUUUCCCUAAUGUUUGAAACUGUAUUAAAGGGCCUUUAGCCUUUUUGCUAGUCUACAUUUUAAAACAAUAUUGAAAGACUUUUAGCCCUUUUGUUAGAAUCUACCACUUUAACAAAGCAGCUAUUUCUAUUUUCCAUGUGUCUUUUGAGCCUUUGCCCAUAGGUGUGCAUUUUUCUCUCUAAAUUAAAAUAAUAAUAAUUAAUGAAUAGAUACAAAAGAAUACUUAUCAACUGUAUGAAGAAUCUGAAGAUUCUUGAUACCAUGACCACUGGUCGUGUCCUCUAGCCAAUUUAUGCCCUUUACCUAUGUGGCCCUUCCUUAUCCCAUAUCUUCCCCCCACCCCAAGAGGAAAUACUUUCCUGAAUUUUGAUGAUAAUUAAAAUUAUUUUUGCUGUUUCUUGGUUUUCUUAUUUUCCCAUGUGUUUGUAUCCAUAUACAAAAGAUUGUUUAGUUUUGCAUGUUUUUCAGUUUUAUAUAAAUGAAAUCAUGCUGUAUUAUUUUUCUCUGACUUUAUUUAGCUCAACUUUUUGCUUCUAGUCUCCAUCCACAUUGUUACUGUAACCGAAAUGCAUGCUUUUCACUGCUCAGCUCCUAGAGACCGAUUCAGUUCAACACCACCCCUCUCCCUGCAUCCUCGGGCUCCGGCCACACAAUUACUUCUUCUUCUUCAAACACAUCCUGCUCUUUGACAUGUCUCUGUGUCUUGCAGAGGGUGGUCUCUUUUCCUGGGUGUCUCUUCCCUCAUCUUCUCUGCUGUGAAUUUCUUCUCUUUCAAACCUUGGUCAAAUUUACCUUCUCUAUGACCCCUCAUAGUCCCUCAUGAAGUUAGGUGUCACUUCAUUCAGCCUCCUCUGCAUACAGUUUAACUUUGUUUGAGGUUCCUAUGAGUCUCUUAUGAGUACCCACCCUGCCUGCAGACACAAAGUUCUCCCAGCAACAUUGGAGGAUUCAUAGAUCCCCUGAAGCUUAUCCAAGGACCUGUCAGCAGUGGAUGAGAUGUAUCAUUGUACAUCCUUCUGUCCUGUAGACCGGGGGCUCACUGCGUGAAGGACUCUUCUGAUCAUUGGUCCUCAGGGUCUUCCAUGGGGUUUGCCAUGUGAACACAUGGCUAUCGUUAGUGUCUGUUACCUUAGAUGGGGAAAAGAAACUUCUUUUGCAGUAGGAAACCCAACAAGUGCAAUAAUUUACAAAGAUGCGUUUGCCAAACUUUGUGACAAGGCAAAAAGCACUGGAAAUAGAUGUUAAAUUCUUAUCUUUCACAUUUGUUCUUUAU